AUGGAAAAAUGGGAAAUAAAUGGAGUGGAAAGCUUCGCCUCGGGUCGACAAUCGACAUCUAGUCGACAAUCCGAAAGUUCUGGAUCUGAAUCGUCUGAGAAGGAAGAUUAUAUCGUUGAAAAGAUUCUGAAUCGACGCGUUAAAAAUGGAAGGGUGGAGUAUUUCUUGAAGUGGAAAGGUUUCUCACACAACGAUAACACCUGGGAACCGGAGGACAAUCUCACCUGUCCUGAAUUGAUCAAGGCGUUCGAAGAAAACCGACAAAAUGAUUUAAGGGAAAAGGAGAAAGACGGCGACAAAAAGAAAAAAGACGGCGAUGAGCCUAGUUCAUCCCAAAAGAAGAAAACCGCCACUAAACGAAAGAACGAUAGCGACGAUGAAUCUGUCCAAUCCGAAAAGAGCUCAAAAACGGCCAAAAACAGCAAAAAGUGACGAGGACGACGAUGACGACAAGAAGAGCAGCGGCAACGGAUUCCAAUUGGGCUACUCGCCGGAGAAAAUUCUGGGUGCAUCAGAUUCUACCGGUCAGCUGAUGUUUUUGAUUCAGUGGAAAAAUGUGGACAAGGCUGAAUUGGUACCGGCAAAGGAAGCGAACGUAAAGUGUCCGCAAUUGGUAAUCACAUUCUAUGAGGAAAGACUUACGUGGCAUUCGGACGAUGAAAAAUAAAUGUCGAUUUUCGGUCGAAUUAAUUUUCGUUUUAAAUUUUAUAAAAAAGAAAAAUUGUUUGAUUUUGAUUUAAAAAAAAUUC